GGUAGACUGAAGGUUCAGUGCUUUGAAAUUGUUUGUACUUUGUAGUUUGUACUUAUAGUAGUAGACUGUUGUUCUUGUUGUGUACUUCUUAUUUGUUGAUUAGUGCAGCUUAAAGAUGUUAUUACUGAAAUAGUUGUUGUUACCAAUUCUAAUUAGUGUAACUAUUCCAAGAUGAUGGCCAAAAGCCCUAUUCGUUAUUUUUCCAAGGGUUGCAGCCUUUGCAAGCAGACGCCUACCAAUUUAAAAGGAAAGAGCAAAAGUUCUCAAGACUGGCUGGUCAGACAGCUCUCAGAUCCUUACGUUGAAAAAGCAAAAGUGCAUAACUACAGGUGUAGAAGUGCUUUUAAACUUCUUGAAAUUAAUGAUAAACACAAACUGUUAACACCAGGGUUGUGCGUUAUCGACUGUGGAGCCGCGCCUGGCAGCUGGACCCAAGUUGCUGUUCAGAAAACCAAUUCAGAUGGACAAGACAAGAGUAGCCCGAAGGGUUUUGUAGUUGGUUUAGACAGGCUUCCCAUAUAUCCUAUAAAUGGGGCAGUUUUGCUAGGCGCCUGCGAUUUCACUUCUGAAAAGUCACAGCUAGCUUUAAAAGAAGCCUUAAAAGGCAAGGAUGCGGAUGUUGUAUUGAGCGACAUGGCUCCCAACGCCACAGGCGUUAAAACGCUUGAUCAUACUAACAUUGCCAACCUCGUCUACACGUUUAUAAGAUUUGCCUUGGGAGUCAACGCCAGUGGCGGUUCUUUACUUGUAAAACUGUGGGAAGGCGAGUAUUGUAAAAAACUAGAAAAUGACAUUUCACGAUUCUACAGCAAGGUCAAAUGGGUCAAACCGCCAUCGAGCAGGACUGAUUCAUCAGAAGUUUUUUUACUGGCAAAAGGUUUUAAAGGAAUUGUAAAAUAAGCCUUAUUUAUUGUUAAGACCCAAAAAAUCAAAAAUAUGUAGUUAUAUAAUGUAUGUAAAUAAACUUGUAAAUAUUUCUAACAAA